ACGUUUUACACCUGACCAGUCGCCUUUUGGGUUUUGUGAAGAGACAAAGUUGCACUCUGUUCAGCUGCUUCCCGUGUACCAGACAGGAGGUUCUGUGGCAGCCCAUGAGGGAACUGAGAACAAGAGAGAACUGCUCAGUCUCUUUUGCUUUUUCUCUUUACCUCAUGUUGGAUAUCUCUACUCUGUUGGGAAGUUAGUAGAGCUGAUUUCUACUUACCAAUAUUCAGAGAAGUCAGAGCAGGCAGUUCUCACUCCACAGUUCCUGCACGUCAUUACAAGUGAGAACCUGCAGUGUUUCACAGUGCGGUGCAGUGCAGCAGCAGCUCGUGAUGAGGAUCCAUAUAUUGAUACAACUGUGAAGGCUUGUCCACCUGUUGCACUGGAUGUCUGCACAUUAAGAAUGCAGCUUUUUAUAGGACCAAGAGCUAUCUGUCAUUUCAAAAACCAUAUAAUUCUUUUGACUAAGGCGGACACCGAAGAUAUUACUGAAAGAAGAAAACCUACAAGAAGGAUGCUUUCCAGAAAGGCUGACAGCACCAAAUCCAGAACAAAUUCUGAGUCAGAGCCUGGCUGGAAUUUAUAUAUUAUAGACACUGUUUCAACUGUUCAGCUUUACAGAGAAAUGGUAGAUUAUAGUAGAACUUACGAAAAUGUGAAAACUGAGAGUUGUAUCCAUCUUCUAAGUGAGGCUCACUUACUGGUCAGAGCAGCUAUAAUGGACCCUCAUUACCUUAAAUCAGAUGAGAAAGAAGAACUUCUAAGAGCAUUCAGAGAAAGUUGUGCAUUCUUAGGAGACUGCUACAGCAGGUUUGACACAAAGGAUUAUCACCUUGCUUUGCCAUACUACAGAAUGUCAGGUUUAUCCAUGACUGAAGUUUUAAAGAGACUAGUUUCAGAAGAUGAUAAAAUACAGACAUAUGAAAAAGGAUUUAUAUUUUACUUAACUCACUCUCUUAAUGAAGACUUAAAUGAAGAAUUAAGUAAGGAAUCAGCAAAUAAAGUUCUCCAGAUAUUCUGUCUUGCUGAUCCUGUGCAGCUGCCUCAUAUCCUCUGCAGCCCCUGUAUGAGAAAUGUGUGUCCUUUGACAGCUAUGAAGUAUCUUCAGAAAGUAGAAAAGAUUAUGCCCUCAGUGGUCCUGACGCUUACUAAGGCUUUCAUGGCCCUGAAAAUGGGAGACUUGACGAUGUAUGAACAUGAGAUGGACUCCUAUAAGGAGACAAUACUGGCUUGUGGCUUCAUUGGGCAACCAAAACUCUUGAGACAGCACAAGGAAGGAAUUGUUAUGCCAACUGAGUUUGCUGUUCACCUGAAGGAGAUGCAGCCUGGUUUACUGGUGGCUGCCACUGUGGCUUUACAUGAGAACAGUAAAAUUGAACUGGAAGAAGCAGAUACCUUUUUCAAGAUGUUGUGUAGUAGCAGUGAAAACACUGUUCCUCAGCUCUUAGUGGAUUUCUGGGAAGCUCUCCUUGUAGUGUGCUCUCGGGAAGAAAUACUUCAGGAGCUUUUAUUGAGGGUUACUUCUCAGUAUGUUUGGAGAAUAUCAAUGAAGCAACUUCCGGAGACUAAGCCACUGAAAACAACAGAGGAUCUGAUAAACUCCUGUAAUCAUUUUGGGUUGAUUUUCCCGUGGGUAACUUCCAUAAUGUCAGUGGGCUCUCCAUCUGAUAAAGAUUACCAUGAAGAUAUCUCAAAACUACAGUCUCUUUUAUGUAGUCAGUCGAUCAAUAUAGCUUCAGCUCUGCCUGUCUUGGAGCCUCUGACAGAGGCUGGCAAUGUCGGCCUCACCAUCCGUGUUCUCUGCAGCACCCGUCUAGGCAAGUACGAGGAAGCCAUUGACCACCUUCUCCAGAGGUGUCCUGAUGCAGCUGUCUUAUAUGCUCAGCACGAGCUGAAAGAUGACAAUCGGGUUCUGUGGUGGAACAAGCUGCUUCCUGAACUUUGCAAGAGAAGCAGACUUGCUGGAAAUGACUGCCCUGUUCUUAUUUCAUCACUGAAAGAAACUUUAUCGGUUGUUGCAAUGGAACUGGAACUAAGGGAUUUCCUCCGUCUUCUACCAGAGGAUGGAACUGCAGCAUUUUUCCUGCCACAUCUUCUGCACUGCAGCCAGAGGAAGCUGCUGACCUAAACCAGUCAAGUUCUACUAUGCACUCAAAUACAAAGAAUGUGCUGGAAUAAAAAAGUAAAUGAAACAAACCGUA